AUGAAGAAGGUUUCAAACUUGCAAAAGAAGAUGGCUGCCGCACAAAAGGGUGAACAAGUUACCGCCAAUUUUCGGUUGCCUCUAUUUAGAUCCAGUGCUGAAUUGGCUAAGAAGUAUGAUAUCAAAUGCGAGAUGGUAAAUAAUAAUAACCGUGAAGGAACUAGUAAAGUGGGCAUCCGACCUCCUUUUGUGCCUGCAUCUAGGGAACUAUUCAACUUAUCUAAGUUUGAAACUGCUGCUUCAAAGAUUGAUAGUUCGGCCGAUGUGUUUUAUCCAACCAAAAUGAGGACAAGGCAGACAACUCCCAGAAAAGUAGGGGCUGAAUGUACUGAUUCAAGGACCAUGCAGCAAGUGAAUCCCAAAACAGGGCCUGAAAUUGCUUCAAGGACCAUGCAGCAAGUGAAUCCCAAAACAGGGCCUGAAAUUGCUUCAAGGACCAGGCAGCAACUUGCUAAAAAAACAGGGCCUGAAAUUGUUGAUUCAAGGACCAGGCAGCAGCAAGGAAAUGAUAAGCAGAGUCCUUCAAGUGCAAGUGCAAAGCAGCCACAAGGAAGUGCAAAGCAGCAACAAGUUUCAAGUGCUAAACAAGUUUCAAGCAAGCAGCAACAAGUUUCAAGUGCUAAAAAAGUUCCAAGCGCUAAGCAACAAGUUUCAAGUGCUAAGCAACAAGCUUCGAGUGCGAAUCAGAAACGUCCUUCAAUUGCGUCUCAGCAACUUCCUUCAAGUGCAAAGCAGAAUACUUCAACUGCAAAGCAGCAACCUAAGGAGAAACGGGUGGCUGACACUGCUGAUUCAAGGUCAAACCAGAAUCGUAUGAAAAGGGCAAUGAUAGAAGUCGAUGGAAAUUCCGGGACAGGGCAAGGAAGUGGCUUGAAGAAGACAAAACGAAGCCCAAUGUGUAAAUCGACAUCCAUUGAAGAAUUCCUCAAAGAAAAUGGGGAAAAUAGUGAAGAAGAUGAAUGUGAGAAUCUUGAGGAAGAAGAAAAUAUGAUGGGUGAAGAGGAAAACACUCAGCAAAAUGGAAGUAAACAAACUGAAGGGGCAAGUAAGAAAAGGACACGUGGACCAACUAAAUGUUUGAAAAUCCAUGCUAGAAAGAGUGCGGAUCGUGAAGAGGUGGUCUUAGACGAUGAUGGAGAACCUAUUGGACCCAAUGAUCGAACCGUGACAGAUUUGAGUUGUUUCCUUGGCACUGUCGCAAGGAAUUCAGACUUGUGUCCCUUAGUUUUUACUAACUUCAAAGCUUUGAAGAAAGCAAACAAGGACCGUAUAUGGGAAUUUGUCACUGAUAAAUUCAUUAUCCCUGAAAAUGGACGUAGAGCGGUUUUCUCUCGCAUUAAUGAUGCUUGGAGGCGUUUCAAGAAAGAUCUCAAAAAGAGUUGUUUUUUAAAGUACACUACUAUGAGUGAAAGAUGGAAGCAUCGUCCCCAGACCGUACCUGAAGUUCAUUUCAAGCAAUUGAUAUCCUAUUGGAAGAACAAUAACAUCCAAAAAAUUAGCAAAAUCAAUGCUGUGAACAGAGCUAAGCAAAAGUAUAUGCAUCGGAUGGGCCCAACAAACUUUGCGAGGAUUCGUGCAAAACUGCGUGCUAAGAAAGAGGACGGAAAGGAAGUUAGCCAGGCAGAGAUGUUCAUUGAGACUCGACAAAGUCGAAAAGGAAAACAGCCGGAUGAGGAAACUUAA